AUGGGCGACACACCCUUGCAUUUGGCAGCUUACAAGGGACACGAGGGUGUCAUAAGAUUUCUCAUUAAGAAAGGGGCGCUUGUCAAUGUUGAGGACUACAGCAGACUAACGCCUAUUCACUUAGCUGCUGGAAGCGGCCACUUGGCUACGGUAAGAUUACUGAUUGAAAUGCAUGCAUCUAUUGAUACUACCGAUCACAAUGGUCAAACGCCUCUCCAUUUGGCAGCUCAGUGGGACCGCGAGGCGGUCGUAAGACUGUUAAUUUCAGAAGUAGCGUCUAUUGAAGCGAAAGACAAGGACGGGCGAACACCCAUUCAUCUAGCAGCCAAUCGUGGCAUUGGAAGUAUCGUAGUUUGCGUGAGUCAAUGGACUCCCGUGGAAGAACUCACCUUCUGUUGGCAGAAACUCAUGGCCACGCAGGCGUGGUAG